ACAAAACAGCUGUUUUAUAUGUACUUUGUUUAUCACGUAUUAAAAUCUACCUUUAAGGAAAACUAAAUUUUUAUAAAGAAUUAAUUAGUUUUAUACGAAAUUCAAAAAUGGAACAACAAUUAGAAAAAGUUUUAAAUGAUAUUAAUUCGCAGCCAGAAACUGUGGGCUGUCUAAUAACAAAUCGUCAGGGUCUUUGUUUAGGAGCUAAAGGUAAAAUAAAUCCCAAAAUGUCAGGCAUUGGUAUGGCUUUAUCGGAACAGGCUUGUAAAUUGGAACCAAAUCUAAAUCCCCCCACAAUUGUUUUGUACAGUGGGAACAAACGUUGCAUUAUACAAAAAGAUGGUGAAAUUACUGGUAUUAUAUAUAAACAAAGUUCCAAUUAGUUGUAAUUGUUUGUUGGAUGAAUGGGUUGAUAGAUAGUUGGAGGGUGUGGUUCAUAGUUGUGUGUUUUAUAAGCGGCCAUUCGGAAAACGAAGAAACAAAUAAAUGCUGUAUAAUCUGCAUUCUUACUCAUGCUUCCAUUUGUGAUUAAAUGUUAAUUAAGUAAUAUGUAUAACUUCAUCUCUUCUUUUUAGUCUUUAUAAGAUAAUCUUAUUUUUUUUCUAAACGAAAUGUCAUUGUUUUUUGCUUAAAUGUAACACUUUUCUGAAUAUUUUUUCAAAAAUAUACUACUUAUACAAUGUAAGUGCGAAGAAAAUAAAACUGUAAGAACGUAA